AUGUUCAAGGUCGUUGCUUUGGCUUUGACGCUUUUGGUUGCUUCGGCUGCUGCGCGGCCCCACCCCCACCACCACUUCCCCAAGUUCCGCGACGGCGCCGACGGCAACGGCACCAACUGGGCUGUCCUUGUCGCUGGCUCCAACACCUACAGCAACUAUCGCCACCAGGCUGAUGUGUAUCACGCGUACCAAAUCCUGCACAAGAACGGCUACCCGGACUCCAACAUUAUCGUCUUCCACUACGACGACAUUGCGUCUUCCUCCCAAGUGAGCAAGCAAAUUUGCAUUCAACCCCACUCCUGGCGUCGUCAUCAACCACCCGAACGGCGCAACGUCUAUGUCAACGUCCCGAAGGACUACACUGGCGACAACGUCAACCCCACGACCUUCUUGCAGGUGCUCCGCGGCAUCAAGCCGACUGUUGGCUCUGGCAAGACGCUCCAAUCGGGCCCGAACGACAACGUCUUUAUCAACUUUGUCGAUCACGGCGCGACUGGCCUGAUCGCCUUCCCCAACGACUACCUCUACGCCAACGACCUGCUUUCUGCCCUCAGUGACAUGAAGAACAGCAAGAUGUAUGCCCAGCUUGUCUUCUACCUUGAGGCCUGCGAGUCAGGCUCCAUGUUCACCAGCCUGCCCACCAACGCGUUCGUCUUUGCCACCACGGCCGCCAACCCCGACGAGUCGUCGUACGCCACCUACUGGGACGACACCUACCAGACCUACCUCGGCGAUCUCUACUCGGUCAACUGGAUGGAGAACACGGACAUUGCCGCCAACCUCCAGAGCGAGAGCCUCCAGGACCAAUUCCUCGCCGUCCAGCAGCUCACCAACCUGUCGCACGUCAUGGAGUAUGGCCAGCUCUCCCUCGAUGCGCUCAUGAUCCGCCAGUUCCUCACCUUCCCCAACACCGAGAUUGAGCAUCACGGCUUUGGCCACCCCGCUCCUGCCUCGAAGAAGGACUCGGUCAGCUCCCGCGACGUCGACCUCGAGACCCACCGCCGCCGCCUUGCUGCUGCCUCCACCGACGACGAGCGUCGCCAGGCCGAGAUGGACUUGACCGCCCAGCAGGCCCGCCGUGAGUUCAUCACCUCCACCAUCCACGCCGUCACCGCCCGCGUUGCCGGCGUGCAGGCCAAGGAUGCCCUUGUCGCCUCGCGCUUUGCCGUCAACGACUUUGACUGCUACAAGGCCUCUGUUGCCGCCUAUGAGCGCGUCUGCGGUCGCUUUGGCUCGUUCGGCAUGCAGUACAUGUACAUUCUCGCCAACCUGUGCGAGUCUGGCUACACUGCUGACCAGGUUUCCGCUGCCGCCCAGUACGUCUGCAACUAA